GAAUAUUUACUCUCGAUCCGAAAAUAAAUCCCAUACCGCAAACGAAUACCACCAGUCGGUUUAGUUCGCGAGAGAAAGAGCGGAAUGUCUCUCUCAAUGUUACGGUUUUUCCGCUCCGCCAAACGGAGGAGAGUCCAGAUCUCUGCACUGUUCGGGCAGCAUGUUCAGUCAUUGAUUUGCACUCGCUCUGGCAACUCUGAGCACGUGCGGCUGCACAUAUUUACUGUUUAAUGUGCCUAAAAAACUGCUGUAUAUUUGUGACAAAGUGUACUCUAUGCUUUAAGCUGUGCGACUGAGGAACAUAAUUUUAUCGGUCACGUGAGGAGGGGCAGUGAGAGUGGGAGCGAGAGCACGCUAAGAGAGAGUGCAGAACCUGAAAGAGUAAGAGCGGGAGAGGAAAUGUACUCUGACAACGCCCACGAAAACUCGAAUGGAUCGCAUCGCAUCCGGAACGUGCUGACUCUGGAGGAGCGCGUGGCUGCCAUCCGACAGUACGACAUUGUGCCCAUGUACAGUAAGAUUGCGAGGAACUUCAACUGCAGCUGGGAGCAAAUCAAGAGCAUUGUGUCCAAUCGGGAAGCCAUCCUGGAGUUCCACAAGGCCACCAAUCGGCUGAGCCAGCCGGCCAAUAAGGAAGCCGAGCUGCGCCGGCGCAAGCUGAACUUUCUGGGCCACUGCCUGUACGAGUACAUCCAGAGGGCCCAGUUUUACCUCCACAGUGAUGUGAACGAGGAGAUGAUCCGCAACCGUGCAAUCGAGUUCCGGGACCUCAUGCGAAUCGAAGGUUUCGUGCCGAACAAACCGUGGAUCAAUCACUUCAAGGCCGCCUAUAACAUAACCCUGUCGAAUCGUCAGAUCACGAUAGUCCGCCGACCACCACGAUCUAUGGACUUGAGGGACAUAAUGUCGUACUGUGGGCGACACACCUCGAUGUCUUGCAGCUUAGCGCCCAGAUCGCCGGAACCUACUCUCACUAGCAGUGAUCGACCUCUUUAUCGCACAAAGACAUUGGUCACCACCUCUUGCCAAAAUCAAGCCACCUCGGAUGAAGUGCACCUGCGUAGAAAGCGAAAGUUAGCGUUCCUGGAGAAGUGCGUUUAUGAGUAUAUCCAGCGAUCACAGUUGGUUCGCCAGGGUCGUCUUGACCUAGACAAUUUGCGCUUUGUGGCCAUUAGUUUGAGGGACAUCCUCAAGAUCGACUCCUUCUUUCCCGACAAGGUGUGGUUGAAGCACUUUAAGAGUCGCUAUAACUUUAAUUUCACGGUGGGAGUUCAGGUGACGAACCGCCGCUUGCCGCUUUCCCUGGACCUACGAGAUAUAGUCAGUUAUUGCGGCCGGAAUGAACACAAGAUCACGCUGGACCCCAAGAAGUCGCAGGAAGAACUGAGCCAGAGCAACAAGACAGACUUGGACCAAUUCCCACAGGUGGAACCAAAACCCGAAGAAUCUGAGCACGAAGAAGACGAUGAUUGCGUGGCCAUUGAAGUGCCACCUGAGCUAAUAGAAAUAAAGGAUGAUGAGGAUGAGCAUAAUGAGGAUUUGCCAGAAAGGGCUACUAAACGAAAAUCAGAAGAGAACAGCGGCCCAAUGCCCUGUGGCUUGAAGAUUCAGAAGAUUCAAUCGCUCAAUGAGGCAUUGCCUGAGGAGAAUGCGGAACUACUGCCAGCCAAUAGUCCCGGUCAUUAUUCAGAGACCAGCGAUGAGGCAAAUCUGCCGCGCUGCGUAGAGAGCUACAAGGACGCACUGCGUCUACUGAAGCCCCUGGAGGAAUUCGUCCUAAUGGAGGAGAACUAUAGAGCCAUUGGCCUGCUCACGCAGCUGGAGAAGAUCUUUGAGUCAGCUGCGAAAAAGAGUGAGGAAAUGGACAAAUCCCUAGAAUAAGUACCAAAGCAAAAAGGUGUGCCUUAGUUUAUAAGUAUAUUUAGACCUUUGAGUACCCUCUGCAGGGUAUAAGAUAGGCUUUAUGAAAACUGCGUUAUUUUUUUUAGUUUCACUAAAAAUGUGAAUUUAUUUGUAAGUGAACAAACAAGCGUAAACUAACUAUUCGUAUAUCAUAUACAAGUUUCAAACUCGCAUAUAAAAUGUAUAUUAUUAUUAAGUAAUUGUUGCUGAAUAACAUGUUUCAAAACGAA